AUGGGCUCGUCCCUUUCAACUCCCAUCUCGCAAAACGACCUGAAUGCCUCCACCUCGUCCUUCAGUCGUCUCCCUUCUCUAGCCUCGUACUUUCGCUCCCCGCCGCAGGAACAGUUCGUCCACACGCACCCCGAGGAUGCAGGCCGCCGGCUCAAAGCCGUUGCAGAUAUCGAAAUCGAGAACCUCCUCGCGACCAAACUGCCCCGCGAGCUCGUGCAUCGCAUCCUCGACGAUGCCGAGGUGUGGGGGGAGUGCAGGGUCGAGAAUAGACGCGCCCUCUCUGUCGCGUCCAGCGGGCUCUCGCCGCGAGGACGGCGAGGGUUCGAGUGGGGGAUGGAGCAGGACGACGAGUUGAGCAGGGAGAUGGAGCAGGGCGAGCAUGAGGGUGGUGGGCUGGUCGACGCCCCGGGAAAGGUGUGGUAUCUCGUCUCUCCGCCUAUAGGGUGUGCGGCAGAAAAGGUGAAGAAGAAGGAACCCAGUGUCGGCGGCGAGUACGACUACGAGUACGCGCCUACCGCGCACCGCAAUAUGACGCGGGGCGCACGACAAGACCCCGGUCAACAGCUCGAGCAACAGGACGGUCCUCAUUCCAGCCUUCAUGACCCUUCGGAACAUGCGUCUGGGUACAGCAGCGGUCCCAGCAAGCGCGGCAGGCACUGGCUCCGUUCGGUCACUGUCGAGACGUUCUCGCGGGACCAGGGUUGGUCUGAUAACCAAGCAGCAUAUGGCACCUACAACCAGUCUUACUCGUGGAUGGAGCUCAGCCUCCUCCGUGACGGCCAAGAGGUGCCCGAGUCACGUUGCACCAUCCAGUACAACGUCGUUGCCGGUCAGUACCACAAGGCGCACACAGUAUUCCUCGACACGGGUCACCCACUCGUCCGCAACGCUCGAGACGGGGACAGGAUCGUGCUCUGGGUACGCGCAAUGUAUCCCGGAUGGGUCAACCACAUCCGCCACGCGAGCCUGACUCUCAAAUCGGCGCCGUGGGCGCCGACGUUCUCAAAUAAGCCCAGGAAGAUUGAGGGCGGGGAGCAGGAGUGA